AUGUGUUGGUUCAAAGCGACCGUUCGUGAAGUACGUGGUCGUUCUUCUCUGCUCUUCCACGUUGGGUGUGACAUUGUCCAGCGUCCGUUAUCGGCAGCAGUAGCAGCACCAACGUCUUGUCCAUCAUUGCAGUCCGGGAACCACGCUCACUCUGCGAUGGAAACGUCCUCUGAAGCUGGAAUGACGAGACAGGAGGAGGAACUGUUUCCCAAAGUCGCUCCGAAUGUCCGGAUGCUCGUGUUCCCCUUGCGCUUUCUCGGGUAUUGGCUGAAGCGCAAACUCUGGACGAAGAACGCUCAUGCAGCAUCGGCACGAACGCUUUUGGACCGUAUCGUCUUUGGAGAGGGGCCUCGCUUUCGGAUCGCAACGAAGGAGCUCUACUUUAGCGACAUGCACGACAAGAAGGUCAUCAAGUAUUCGUUAGCAACUGGCGAGAAGACGGAGGUGUACCACGACUCGGAAGAUCUGCUCUCGGGUCUGGGCUGGUUACCUGAUGGACGGCUCCUCAUUUCGUCCAUGAAGAAACGACAGGUGCUUGUUCACGACGAGGCAGCUGAUACGACUGAGGUGUACGCGGACGUGAAGGACGUGACGCACGUUCGAGUCAACGAUAUGGUCGUAGCGACUUCAGGUCGCGCUUAUGUCGGUAGCUUUGGCUUCCACUUUGACGACAUGCAGUCCAUGCGAAGCUCUACGAUUGUGAGCAUUGGCACGGACGGCACUGUUCGUGUGGAAGCCACCGGCGUGGUGUUCCCGAAUGGAAUGGUGAUCACCCCUGAUGGCAAGACACUGAUUGUUGGCGAGACGUUUGAAGGGCGACUGACAGCUUACGAUAUUGAUCCGGACGGUAGGCUCAGGAACCGCCGCGUGUGGGCACCCGUUGGCUCACCCGUUGACGGUAUUUGUCUCGAUGCGGAAGGGUGCAUCUGGGUCAGCAUUGUUCAGUCCGGGCUCUUUCCAACUGGAGGUGGCCUCGUCCGACUCAAAGAAGGCGGGGAGACUAUGGAUGUACUUGGCUUUGGCGCGAAUGGCAUUACAAACUCGGUCUUUGCGUGUCAACUUGGUACGGACGUUGAAGGCAAGCACCAGCUUUUCUUCCUGGAAGCAGGAACGUCAUCCGACCGUUUGAUUUGGAAAGAGGGGCCUGAAGAAGCGAGGAAAAAUGGUCAACUGCGUGCGAUCGAGGUGAAGGUCGGACCAGCACGGAUGCCGGGCAAUGACAAUUAUUGUGGCGGAUAUUGUUGA